GAGUAAAAGACUACUUUCAAUUUGAAUACCUGGUCCUUCCCUUUGGGCUUACUAAUGCCCCUGCUGUUUUCCAGGCUCUGGUGAACAAUGUGUUAAGAGACAACAUCAAUAAGUUUGUAUUUGUGUACCUGGAUGAUAUUUUGAUUUUUUUCCCAUCUAAGCAGGUCUGCAGAGUUCUUCAACGGCGGCUGGAGAACCGGCUCUUUGUCAAGGCAGAGAAGUCAGUUUCGUUUCUGGGCCAUAUUAUUGCGGUGGGAGAGAUCAGACCCGAACCUGCUAAGGUAAGGGCCAUUGCCGAGUGGCCAGUCUCUGACUCCAGAAAGGCUCAGCAGCGUUUCUGGGCUUCGUCAACUUCUACCGGCAAUAUUGGGAACUUUGACAGAUCCUGACCUCCAGUUCAUUGUUGAGGUGGAUGCUUCCAAUGUCGGAUUAGGCACGGUCUUAUCUCAGUGUUUUCUUAAGGAUGGGAAGGUGCCUCCAUGUGCCUUUUUCUCCCACCAGCUCAGCCCAGCUGAACGCAACUAUGACAUAGGGAAUCGGGAGUUGUUGGCAGUCAGGUUGGCAUUGGAUGAGUGGUGCCACUGUUUGGAGGGAGCAGUACAACUCUUUCUGGUCUGGACGGAUCAUAAGAAUUUGGAAUACAUCCAUUUAGCCAGGAGGGUUAGUUCGCGGCAGGCCCACUGGGCACUCUUCUUUGGCUGGUUUGACUUUGGCCAGUUUAACUUUUCCUCUUGUACCAACCAGGCCCCAAGAAUGAAAGCCUGGUGCCCUCUCUUGUCUUUUCGAGCCUCCAGAGGGGGAUACUCCGAUUGAGACCAUCCUCCCACAGGGUGUGGUGGUGGGCUCUCUCUUGGGGGGUUGAAAGACGGGUCAGGGAGGCUGGUCGAGAAGUUCAAGUGCUGGGGGUCAUAAGUCCAAGCUGGUCUGUCACCCAAGUGUUCUUAGAACGAUGGCUGCCAUCCUUCAACGUUACUGGUGGCCUUCUAUGCAGGUAAACGUCAGGCAGUUUGUGUUGACUUGUUCAGAAUGCUCCUAGAACAAGAGUUCUAAUCAGCCUCCUGUUGGUCUGCUCCAGCCCCUUCCUAUUCCCUCUCGUCCAUGGUCACAUAUUGCUCUAGACUUUGUCACAGGGCUUCCCUUGUCAAAAGGUAACAUUGUUAUACUGACAGUGUUGGACCGCUUCUCCAAAGCAGUUAAUUUCAUCCCACUUCCCAAACUCCCCACUGCUAAAGAGACCACUGAAAUCAUGGUUGAACAGGUCUUCUGUAUUCAUGGUCUUCCUGAUGACCUGAUUUCAGAUUGGGGUCCCCAGUUUGUUUCACCAUUUUGAAAGGAGUUCUGUCGACAGAUCGGGGCCUCUGCGAGUCUGUCAUCCAGUUUUCACCCUCAGACCAAUGGGCAGUGUGAACGAGCCAACCAGGAUCUUGAGCGAGCCCUUCACUGCCUGUCUUCUCAAAGUUCGAAUUCCUGGUGUCAAUAACUACGUUGGAUUGAGUAUGCCCACAACUCCUUAUCUGUGGCAUUGACAGAUAUGUCUUUAGGUAAUCAACACCUUCUGUUUCCUUCACAGGAACCUGACAUUGCUGUUCCAUCUGCCUUUGUCCAGAGGUAUCGUCGCACCUGGAGGAAGGCAGAGAAGGUACUGGCCCAGACCUCAAGACGGAACAAAGCAACCGCUGAUAGACAUCAGACCCAGCAACCCACCCUAUAUCUGUGGUCAACAGGUAUGGCUUUCCACCAAGGACUUGCCUCUUAGGGGCUCAUCUUGUAAGCUAGCUCCUAAGUUCAUAGGACCAUAUUUCUCCUGUUCUUUGUCGGGUUCACCAUGUUUUUAUGUGUCCAUGGUUAAACCUGUGUUGUCUUCUCCCCACAGUACUACUGUCUCUGCCCCUGCCCCCCUCCCCCACUCAUGGUGGAUGGCUCUCCUGCCUAUACUGUACAGAGAAUCCUGGAUUUGCGAUGCCAUGGCAGGGUUUUUCAGUACCUGGUAGACUUGGAGGGUUACGGUCCUGAGGAGAGGUCAUGGGUUUCUGGGCAUAACAUCUUGGACCAGUCUUGCUCUGGGACCCUCUCCCUGGGACGUCUUUUGGCGUCCCUGGGGGGAGGGGUUCUGUUAGGAAUUCGGUCAGGUCAGCUCAGUAAUGAACCAUGGCUGUGUGUGUGUUUUUGAGCACAUGGUCUUUGUUUGGCAUGUGCUUGCUGUCUCGUUUGUUACCCCGCCCCCUUGUUGACCUUAAUUUCUUCACCACACCUGUUCCCAAUGAAUAAACACCAUUUAUAUUCUCCUCAUGUUUCCCUUUGACCGUGUUGUUAUAUACCAGCAUUGCUGAUCUUGAAGUUAAGUUUCUUCAAGUCCUGUUGUUUUUCCAGUUUAAUCUUUUUGUUGUUACGUUGUUUGGUUAAAGUUUAGUUUUGGCCAUUGUUUAGACUCCUUGCCUUUUGGGUUUUUGCUGUGUUUUUUCUUUUUGCUUUAGUUUGGCCACCAGUCUUAUUCUCUCCUGUUCAUCAGUCCGGUUGAGCCUCCAUGCCUCUUCAGUCCAGUCGGCCAUCUCUACCUCUACUCUCCAGCCUAGUCUCUCUGCCUCUUCAGGACUGCCUCACAAUCUAUAUGGACAGAGAUGGCUACCACCAGUCUUCUUUACCUGUAUGAAUAUGCAUUGUCCAGUUUGCAUGGACCAGUUACUGAUGAACCAAACACCACUCCCUUAGAUAGCUAUGGUGACUACUACAGUAGAGGUCUUGAUCCAUCUGUGUUAUCCUGUGAUUACGGAGGUCAUGCAUCCAACAUCCAACCUGUGUUGUAUUCUUUGUUCUUCGUGUUGGGCCUGCUGGGUAACCUGCUGGUGUUAUGGGUGAUGAUAAUGGGUGUAAAGCUGAGAAGCAUGACUGACAUCUGUCUCCUGAACUUGGCUUUAGCUGAUCUCCUGCUGAUCUCCUCUCUCCCGUUCCUGGCACACUAUACCAGAGAUCAGUGGGUCUUUGGAGGCCCCAUGUGCACCAUGGUUUUAGGCGUCUAUCACAUUGGAUUCUACAGUGGAAUUUUCUUUGUUGUACUGAUGAGUGUUGACAGAUAUUUAGCUGUGGUUCACACUGUAUCCUCUUUGAGAGUCAGAACAAAGACAUAUGGGAUUAUAGCCAAUGUGCUUAUCUGGAUCAUUGCUGUUGCAGCGUCGUUUCCUGAGCUUAUGUACCUAAAAACCAAUGAACACAAUAAUAAAACAUAUUGUCUGUCUUAUCCAACAGAUGAUCAGAAAUCUCAUCUUUAUGCAAAGACGGUUGGUAUUAUUAAGAUGAAUGUUUUAGGAUUAAUUAUUCCACUGUGUAUAACUGGAUUUUGUUACUCAAGAAUUCUUCACAGACUCUUAACCGUUCGCUUUUCCAGGAAACAGACCACGAGACUUGUCGUUGUAGUGAUGGUUGUCUUCUUCUGCUGUUGGGCUCCAUAUAAUAUUGCAGCUUUUGUGAAAGUAUUGGAGUUUAAUGAAGUCAUAGAGACAUCCUGUGAAAAAAGCAAAGCAAUCACUCUUAGUCUUCAGAUCACAGAAGCUCUGGCUUACUCACACAGCUGCUUAAAUCCCAUUCUCUAUGUGUUUGUAGGAGAGAAAUUUAGGAGACACCUUUUUAGACUUCUGAACAAAACACCCGUCAUCAGAUUACAGUUCAUGAAGAGUUGCCUUACACAGGCUACAGGAUCUGUUUAUUCACAGACUCCCAGUGUGGAAGAGAGACAUACAGCUGAUGGAUUGAAAUAGAGAUCCCAAAAUACCUAUUUUAAAGCACCUGUUUGACAGUUGGGGGUGUUUGAAGGAUAUUUUGCACUUCUUUUGUGAGUUAUUUUACCUUAGCAUCCAAGGGUGUGUUUCCCAAAAGCAUCGUUAGCUUACUAUGGUGGUUGUUACCAAUAAACUCUAUUGGUAACGACAGAACUUGCGACCGUAGUUGCUUACAAACGCACCCCAGUAUUGUUUAUGGUAUGGUUCAGGGCUGCGUUUCCCAAAAGCACCGUAAGGCUAAGUAGAUUGUUAAAACGAUCAUACAAAUCAUCUUGGACUAACAAGCCUUUUCCCAAAAGCAUUGUAACUUAAGUAGCACUUGAAAAUUGUCGUAGAUCUACGAGUGCUCUGGAGUAAUCGAAAAUCCCUAAGUGCGUCAUAAGACGGAGUUACAAGGUCACCUGCAGGACAAUCGUCAAAUUACACCUUAACUUUACUCCUGUGCAAUGACGAUAAUGUAAUGUUUUUGUAUGUAAAUGUAUUUAUUUGGUUCUUUUUGUGUAUUGGUUUAAUAUAAAAAUGAAAGAAAUCAAAAUAAAAA